AUGGAGAAGCCGGGGUGCGUGAGGCAAGGGCUGGUGAGGCUGCCACCUGGGUUCAGAUUCCACCCCACGGAUGAGGAGCUGGUGGUGCAGUACCUCAAGAGGAAGGUGUUCUGCUGCCCGUUGCCAGCCUCCAUCAUCCCCGAGAUCGGACUCUCCAAAUACGACCCCUGGGAUUUGCCUGGUGAGAGCUCCGGUUUCCGCCCUCUUUGUCGCGUUAGAGUUUUCGAAACGGGGAGAACGUCAGUGAGGAGUGGGGCUGAGUUUCCGGUGCGUUCCUCCUUCCCCGUUUGAUUUCCGGUCGCCGGAGUUGCAGAAAUCGGCUCGUUUCCGAUGUCGCGGUGGGCUCGUUACGUGGGGACAGGGUCGAUUUGGGGUUUCAAAUCCUCGUCAUUGCUCCAUUUUAGUCAUACUUUAGGAUCCUUUCUCGGCCCCUUUCUCUCCUCCCCCUCAUCAUUAGCGAUUCAUUGUUCGGAGGGCCCCCUUAAUCUCCCGUGGAAUGCGCACGGAAACCAGUACUAAUGGGGAUUAUCAUGAAGAAGAACGGAAGACCCGUCUCUUCUUCUCUCUUCCCUUCGCCGGAGAUUUUUCGAAGCUUUUCUCUGAACAGAAGCGUCUUCCUGAUCUCCUCGUUAAGGUUGCCCGGAGAGCGAGAGGUAUUUCUUCAACAUCAGGGAGGUGAAGUACCCGAACGGCAGCCGCCCCAACAGAGCGUCGGCCUCCGGGUUCUGGAAGACCACCGGGAAGGACAGGCCCGUGGUGGCCUCUCGAACCAACCAGGUGGUCGGGAUGAAGAAGGCGCUCGUCUUCUACAGGGGGAGGGCACCAAACGGCUGCAAGACCGACUGGAUCAUGCAUGAGUACCGCCUUGCCGGCACUGGCUCUGAGGCCUGCCUGUUCCCUCAGCGGAAGAACUCCACCCUCGUGAGCAUCCUCCUCUCUCUCCCUCUCUCCGCGAGUAUUUGAAAGAUGGGUUGGCCUCUCCUGGUUUGGUUAGGGACAGGGAUCGAUGCGACCGCUAGUGAGGAAUUAUCCCAUACGGCACCAUUAUUUUUUAGGAUGCAAAGCCCUACUGUAGCUGACAGUCCCUGUGUCGAAAUCGGGGACCGGUCGUCUGGGGGGUGAUCUCUCGUGGAUCCUACUCCAGCGGCGUAUCCGCGCCGACGGCGACAUCCCACGUCGGCGGCGGGAGGGCUGCCGUGUUUGGAGGAAGAAGAAGGCGGCACAGCCCAUGCCUGUAAAUGCGUAGGAAAUGAAAUCGAUGCAUCUGUGCAAUCCUGACGUGAUAUAUCGCUCCCCUCUUCUGAUUGCAGAGCUCCGUGGUGAGAACGGAGGACUGGGUGCUGUGCCGGGUCUUCAAGAAGAGAAGACCGGCCAAGGUCCCCGCCGGCGAGGAAUUCGGCGGCUUCAUCGAUUUCUUGGGCCGGAGGGGAGCCGAGUCGGGGGGGGAGCCUGAAUCGGAGCCGAGCUGUGUCACCGAGGCUUGCGACGAAGACAGCGCUGGAAGCGAAGCUUCUUCCUCCCAGAGUCCAGGAGAGACCUGA